AUGAAGGCAGAGGACGUCUUGCACGCUUUGGAAGACUUAAGUCGGGAAGAGUUUGAUAAAUUCAAGUGGUACCUCCACCAGCCUGAGAGCCUCCCGGGGGUCCAACCUAUCAGGAAGACACAACUGGAAGGAGCUGAAGGCAUCAACAUUGUGGACUUGAUGGUGCAGACAUACACACUUAAUCGAUGCCUGGAGGUGACCACCACAAUUUUAGAGAAAAUUAACAGGAAUGACCUGCUGGAGAAAUUACGUUGCCAUGAGAAUCCAGAAAACAAGAUGUGUCCACUGCAUAAGAAACCACUGAACCUGAUGAGCAGCGAUGGCAAAACGCUUGUCUGCCGUUUCUGCUCUCUUUCUGAUUACAAGCAGUUUAUUCCUCAGAGUAUGGGUUAUAGAGGAUUUAUGACAGAGAGUGAGAUUCAGGAGAAGAUCAAGAUGAGAGAAGAAAAGAUUCAUCAGGUGAAAGAGUUGAUGAAGAUCAGGAAAGAGGCUGCAGAAAAGUACAAAGCAGAAAGAGGUCAGAAUGAGGAGGAGUCUGCUGAAGACCAGAAAAUGGAGACUUCCGAGGGAGGCCAGAAGGAGCCCAAUAUCGAAGAUGAACAGGAAACUACAGAGAAAGAGGCUGAAGAGUUCAUUAAAGCUCAGGAACAGGAGAUCGCGGAGCUGUUAAAGAGGAGCUGUGAGGUGACCCAAAGUGAUUCCUCCGUGAAAGACGAUCCACCCAACGAGACCCAAGGAGAGGAAACGGCCCAAACAUCAUCAUAUCAGGAGAAAGUGAAAAGACGUCUCCCUCGUUUGAAGGACACUGUGAAGAAGCUGCUGGAGCUGGAGAGGGUCAGGCAGCAUGCAGUGGAUGUGACUCUGGAUCCUGAUACGGCUCAUCCUAAACUCAUCCUGUCUAGAGAUGGAAAACAGGUGAAACAUGGAAAUGUAAGGAAGAAACUUCCAGACAAUCCAAAGAGAUUCACUGUGUUUGCUAAUGUUUUAGGACAGCAGAGUUUCUCUUCAGGGAAAUUUUACUUUGAGGUUCAGGUUAAAGGAAAAACUCACUGGGAUGUAGGAGUAGCCAGUGAGUCUGUAGACAGGAAGGGAGAAAUCAACGUGUGUAUUGAAGACGGUAUCUGGGCUUUUGUGCUGAGAGAUGGAAAUCAGUACUCAACAGGGGAAGAUACUACAUGCCUUUUCCCGCUCCAUCCUGGUCCAGAGAAGGUCGGGGUGUUUGUGGAUUAUGAUCAGGGUCUGGUCUCCUUCUAUGAUGCUGAUACUGCAGAUCUGAUCUGCUCCUUUACUGGCUGUGACUUCAAUGAGAAACUCUACCCAUACUUUAGUCCUUAUCUUAAUUAUGGAGGCACAAACUCUGAUCCUCUGAUCAUCUGUCCUGUUCAUCGUUGAUCUGAUGAAUCUCCAUGAAGUACGAGUCUGAGACUCUGCAGGUGAAGUCCUGCUGGUGAAGAUCUGAGCUGGGAAUUGUCAUCAUCAGGAAGUCAGCAGUUCAGUUUACUGCUGGAUUAUUUGCUGCAGCUACUUCUUCUCUGUUUCUACCCAUACUUUAUUUCUCCACACUCUGGAUUUUCCUUUUAAUUAGACAUGCUAUUAUUAUGUAAAAGAGUAAGUACUGCAUAUUGAAACCAUUAUAUUAUUUUUGUUGGGUAAUUUAUGUUAAAAACACCUAUCCAAUAUCUUUUCUUCUUAAUAUUUAUCUAAUACAAUCCCUGAUAUCCCUCUGACAUAGGUAACAAUUGUUGGCAAAAAAUCAUUCUAAUUCAAAUAUUUAUAUAUAUUGUAAUCAUGAUUUUUGAUUUUUAUUGAGUUGUACAUUUAGAUUAUGAAAUAAAAUCAACAGCAAAGGAAACACUAGAUGCUCUGAGUCUGAUUUCUUUACUGGACUGAAACUCUAAAGACC